AGCUUCAGUCGCGACCGAAUUUAUGUUCAUUCAAUUCUUCUUUUUUUUCAACUCAACUCUUUUCCCUCACCCAAUUUUCUUUCAAUGACAUAGUGCAACUACAUUUGCAUUCCUCAAUUUUGCUCCACGUAAAUUAAUUCUAGGGAAUCAAGCAAAAAAGAAAUAUUCCCACGAAUUAAAAAACCAAGGACCUUCUUUACUUACUCUUUUCGACACGGACACGGACAUGGUGUGAAGGAUGAUGCAGGUUAUCUUCCCGGCGAUCUUCUAAUUGACAUCACCGGGCAGAACACGAACCAUACGACGCGACAAGGCAUUUACUUCCAACUAUUUGACCUCAAUACUUCUUCGCUCUCGAUUUUCCAAUACCAAUUCUUAAAUACUCAAAAUAUUGAGUUCCAGCUUGACAUAUUUGAUUUACAAUUUAUGCUUGCUGUAGCCCGUCCAUUUCUUCCAACUUCACGUCGACAUCUACCAACAUCUUGGACCCGCCUGGGUCCAACCAAUCCAGUAAAUCAAAAUGGCGACAGCUCAACUUUCCGUGCAAGACCAAAUUCGCCAACUCGAAGGCGCACGAAAGCUCGUCCUUGGUAAUGCCGGCUAUUAUACCCAAGUUAUUCAAGCUACCCUUCCCAUCAUAGGCCCCUCAGCUCAGGUGGAAUUCCGACGAUGGGGAGCUGAGUUCCUUGCUGAAGCUUUCGCAACACCCGCUAUCGCCCCCGGCCAGAAGGAGACAUUGUCUCUAGUAGUAUUGGAGACACUCAAGCUAUUGGUGGAAGACGACCACCAAGAUGUUACCGUUCUAAGAAGCGUCAUUCAGGCGGCGGCUAGUAUCUAUCCCCUGGCCUUACGCUGGAUUAUAAACAACUCCUACGACACACACACGUGGGAGCGCAUGACUGCUAUCAAGGCAAGGAUAUUGCGAAUAUGGGAUACUGCUCCACCCACGAUACGAAUAUGCUGCGUCAAGUUUGCUCAACGCGUUGUUCUGGCGCAGACGCAGAGUGUAAACCCGGAACCAAGACGUGGCGACCUCCUUGAUAUAUCGCUUAUCAUGAUUCCGUCGAACCAUCCUAUUCUCGACGCACCUAAACUCGAAGCUGAGGCUUCCGGACUAUUAGAUAGAAUGCUUGGGAUUUUGCAAGACAAUAGCAGCGAUGCUUUAGUUGUAGAUGCUACGUUGAACACAUUGUCUAUCCUCAUCCGAAACCGACCAGCUACUUCGAACCGAAUCCUCAACACGAUCCUCAAUUUUAAUCCUCUGAAGCUCGCGAACUCCCCAAUGACACCCAAGACCAAGGUUAUAGUCAAGUCAAUGGAGAAGACAACGCGGAUGCUGCUUAUGCAUUUAUCCAGACGAAAUCCGCAAAACCCACUAGCCAGCCGUAUACAGCAACACAUCGACCGGCUUCUACGAUCGCGACAGGAGAUCUUUGAGGAGGGGAGUCGGAAGAGAGCACCGGUUGAACCAGUUGAUAGUUCAGAUGCUAAACGCCAACGGACCGGGGCCAUGCCAUCUCAUCCCCAGGUUGAGAUCACUCCGUUGAAACCCGGUCCACAUACCCUUGCCGAUGUUUUCACGUUCACAAGUAAUGCUGGGCUGAAGCAAUUCAAUGUUGGUGAUAAUGUUCCGGCGCCGCUCGCCGCCCGAAUUAGCGUUACAACUAUUGCUCGCAUAGAUAACCAACUCUUCGAUCGAGCAAUACAGGGCGUCCGAGAUCGUUUAACAGCCCUAUAUGAAGCCCAGCCAGAGCCAAUCAACCCCGAAACAGCGCCACUUGACGUGGAGGACGAUGAGGAUGAUUACGAGCCGGAUUACUACACAGCAGAAGAUACAGAGCAGAUCCUAAACAAGCUUGACUCGUCACCCUCGGACGAGAACCGUGAACUUGAGAAGCCAGCAGCAUUAAGCGGACUUGCACUGCCCACAUUCCGAUUACCGCCGCCACCAACAUUGAAUCCAGAACAAGCUGCGAAGGUUGGACAAGGUUCGAUUACGAGAGUGUUCGGCACCAUGAGAACCCUUGAAGACCCCGCCGUUAAGAAGGCUAAGGCCGGCAUCAACAGACUUGCAGCUAGCUCCUACGAUCGAGACUCCUGGAUCACUGUGAUAACUCGUCUAGCAACCCGGGCAAAUGCGGGGCUGGAUGAUGACCCGGAGGACGGCGAAGACAGUAAAGUGGCUCUUCCAGCCACCCGGCUUAGUGACUCGAUCCGAGAGCUACUCUUCAAUUAUAUCCUUGAGGAUUUCCGGAAGCGUAUCGAAGUAGCGGUUUCCUGGUUGAGUGAGGAAUGGUAUAACGACAAAGUGCAGCAACAAGCUACGUCUUCUUCCGCCGUUCCCCGCGAUGUUCCCGUUAACUACGAGAAAUGGACGCUUCGUCUCUUGGAUGGAUUUAUCCCAUAUCUCCAUUCCCAAGAUAAAGUAUUGACACGGUUUCUUAGUGAGUUACCUGAGCUCAAUGCCGCCGUUUUCUCGCGGGUUAAGACGUUAUGUCGAGAUCCUAGUAUAGUGAAUCUGGCACUCACGACCUUGUAUUACUUGGUAAUGAUGCGACCACCAGUGCGGGAUCUUGCACUCGACGCCAUCCAGGACAUAUGGACGGACUAUGAAGACGCAAGGCCCAUUGCAGCCAAGUACCUACAAAGAUGGCGGCCCAGCUUCUUAGAAGCGGCUCAACAAGCCAUCGCAGGGAACGAAGGAGCUGUAGGGGCGGGCGUAACAACAGUUGUUUCAUGAUACCCAAUUUGAACUGCGAUAGCGCUGGGUUUUUCGGUCAGUUGGUGGUAAGGGAAAGUUGCAGUCUGGCGCAUGUCCUAAGGAGGUGGAUUAAUCGUCCAAUUGAUAUAGUUAUCUAGGCGCUAUGAUAUUCCAUGAUGAAGGGAUGGGAGGUAUAUCCGGAAAUACAAACAGGACUACAGUUACAGAGCUGGGAAGUGAGCGAUAACCUUUCAAGAUUAUAUGUACAUUGCUAUGAUACCACACUGGUAAAUGUUGUCUUCUCUGGUGGUGACUAAUGAUAAUUGUCGAUGUCUUCGAGUAUUAAAUGGUGUUUCUCGUGAAUAUUUAAGCAUGGCAGCAUGGUAGUACUUUGGUACUUACAUC